UCUCGGCUCGGCGCGCCGACAAUUCCACUGUUUUCCGGAGCGCGAAAUCCGCGGCGCGGAUCUCGCGGGUCGUUGAUACGCCGCUGACGUGUCCCCACCGCGCAGUGUUGUGUGUUUCCGAUAUAAAUACUUUUUUUUUCUUCAAUUAACUCCUCCCGCCGCCGGUCGUCAAUCUAAUCUAAUCUGUCGCCGGACGGCUGCGACACUGACCGCCAUACGCCACGGCCAAGUUGUACAGUUUUAUAAGCGAACGUGUCGCCGCGCAGAUCGCCGCCUUUUUCCGGCAGGAUUUCCUCCCGGGGUCGUUACCCAGCUGGGCGUGAGAGAGCACGAUGUUGGCUCUAUUUUUAGUACUACUGUGUUCUCCAUUCAUUACCGACGCAGUCAACAGGGACAACUUCAAAAGAUGCGACCAGAGCAGUUUCUGCCGACGGUGCAGAGGGAUGGAGCCUGGAAAAACGCCAUAUCAACUUCUGCCAGAUAAACUUGUACAGAAUGAAUCAAUGAUCAUCAUAGACUUAUUGAAUAAGGAUACAGGUGUCACCUACGUGGUGCAGCUUAUCACGUUAAAGGAGAACACAUUUCGGUUGCACGUCAACGAAAAGAAUCCGCUGCAUCCCAGAUAUCAGAAUGAAUACGCCCUUCACGAUCAGCCGCAAACGGUGGAGAUGGAUUUUGUGGAGAGCACUGCUGAGGCUAUAACUGUAACCAAGGGCGAGAACAAAGCCGUUUUAUACGUUAAUCCAUUUAGAGUAGAGCUGUAUUCCCAGGGUGUUUUAACGAUAUCGGCGAAUGCUCGCGGUCUUAUGAGAUUUGAGCACUUGCGUACAAGACCGGUAAAACCUGAAGGUGAAAAUGCUGAAAACGCUGAAACUGCAGAGACAAAUAACGCGACGUAUCCCGGCGACGGCGCUGACAAUGAUCCUGGCGCUUGGGACGAAAAUUUUAAGGAGCAUCAUGAUUCGAAACCGUACGGGCCCGAAGCUGUCGCCAUGGACUUCAGUUUUCCCGGAUCGGAGCAUGCCUAUGGCAUUCCGGAACACGCUGAUGCGCUAGCGUUGCAAUCUACUAAAUCGACCGAUCCGUAUAGGUUGUACAAUCUAGACGUGUUUGAAUAUGAAACAAACGAGCGUAUGGCUUUGUACGGUGCCAUCCCGGUUCUUUACGCUCACGGAAAGGAAAGAUCGUCGGCUGUCUUCUGGCACAAUACAGCUGAAACGUGGAUUGACAUUCUAUCGAGUGCAGACAACAAUGUUGUAGAAAGCAUUGUUAAUUUCGUGUCCGGAUCAACUAAGAAAUCUCAGGUGGAUGCUCAUUUCAUGUCAGAAUCCGGAGUGAUUGACAUAUUCUUCAUGCUGGGCCCAAAACCACUUGAUGUUUUCAGACAAUUCACCGUUUUAACCAGCACUGCUCCUUUGCCGCAAAUGUUCGCACUCGGAUAUCAUCAGUCUCGUUGGAAUUACAAUGAUCAGGACGACGUCGCAACGAUCGCCGAAGGUUUUGAUACACACGAUAUACCACUAGAAGUUAUGUGGCUCGAUAUUGAAUAUACAGACAGCAAGAAAUAUUUUACAUGGGAUUCACGUAAAUUCCCAAAUCCUCUUGAAAUGAUACACAAUCUUACUGCGAAAGGCAGAAAAUUGGUGGUCAUCAUAGAUCCUCAUAUUAAACGUGACAACAGCUAUUUCUUACAUAACGAUGCCACCAGCUUGGGGUAUUACAUCAAAAACAGGGAUGGCAAAGAUUACGAGGGCUGGUGCUGGCCGGGGGCCUCGUCGUACUUGGACUUUUUCGAUCCAAAAGUCAUAGAAUAUUAUACUGGAUUAUACAGCUUGGAUAAAUUCCAUGGUACCACUAAUGACGUUUACAUUUGGAAUGAUAUGAACGAGCCGAGUGUGUUUAACGGACCCGAGGUAACGGCACCAAAGGAUCUUAUUCACUACGGAGGCUGGGAACACAGAGAUGUUCACAAUCUUAACGGACAUAUGUACAUUCGUUCGACAUACGAAGCUCUAUUCCGUCGGUCAGGCGGUUCCUUGAGACCUUUUGUCUUAACGAGAUCCUUCUUCGCUGGCUCACAACGUUACGCGGCAAUGUGGACCGGCGACAACAUGGCUGACUGGAGUCACCUUCGUAUAAGCUAUCCCAUGUGUCUUUCGGUAGCUAUAUCCGGAAUAUCGUUUUGCGGUGCCGAUGUCGCAGGUUUCUUCAAGAAUCCAGACUCGGAACUAUUCAUUAGAUGGUAUCAAGCUGCAACGUGGCUACCUUUCUUCCGUCAACAUUCUCACAUCGAGACGAAGAGGCGUGAGCCGUGGACAUUCAAUGAGGAAACUACUCAAAUAGUUCGCGAGACACUCAGAUUGCGAUACUCCUACUUGCCAUUGUGGUACACGCUUUUCAGAGAACACGAAGUAAACGGUUAUCCCGUCAUACGGCCUUUAUGGGCACAUUAUCCAACCGAGUCGGAAGCAUUUACUAUCGACGACGAGCUGUUACUUGGCGACUCGAUACUCGUACGGCCAGUAUUCCAGUCCAGUGCUACCGAAGUAGCAGUUUAUUUCCCAGGAGAGGGCAAAGUAACUUGGUACGAUAUCGAUACGAUGCAAGCCUAUCAAAAGGGAGGAUAUGUUAAGAUACCGGUAACGCUCCACAAAAUCCCUGUAUUCCAAAGAAGUGGCUCUAUCGUCCCACGAAAAAUGAGAAUACGACGUAGUACAGUUGCUAUGAGGAAUGAUCCUUACACGCUGAUAUUAAUUGCCGAUAGUAAUGGCAGAGCUACUGGCAGUCUAUAUAUUGACGAUGAAGUCAGUUUCGAAUAUCGUCAUGGAAAAUACCUGUAUUUAAGAAUAACAUUGAACAGUAACAAGAUAGUUUCGACUUUGAUAGAUAAACUGGCUUCGUAUGAAACACGAAGCUGGUUAGAAAGAAUAGACAUAGCCAAUCCACCACAAGGAAUUAAAUCUGCUCAAGUGGAAUCUCACAGUAUGGGAAAAGUAACGUUGGAAACUACAUAUAAUCCACAUAACAACGUAUUAACGAUACGUAAACCAGCUGUAAAUAUGGGCGAAGAAUGGACCAUUGAAUUAUUACGUUAGGAUUUAUUUUACUGCAUAAUCAACUCAGUAUCCAUACUCCAAUGCCAAUUUUCUAUUACUAUUCAGUUAUCUGUGAUGGUUGUUUUUUAGAACAAAUAUAUGAAUACAGUUUACAUUUACUUGCUGUGAAAGGAAAAUAACUAUCGAGUGAUUUUUCAAAUUAAUCAAACUGCAUAAUAUUUUGAGAGGCUACAGAUACAAUCUUUUGUAAUUUACAGUACUUUAUGAUUUAAUAAAAAAUAAUAUUGUGAUGUAUCACAACAAAAA